AGGGAAGUCUGUUUAUCUCCUCCUUGUUCUUGCCUUCUGACAUGCAUCCGGCGUUGCUCCCCAUGCGGCCCGAUAAUUUUCCGCAAUCCGUUUCUCCCUGACGUAUCAACGAAGCUCUCGACUUCGGCCCGUAAAGUCCAGCCGAGGCUGCCAGAUACCAUACCUUUGUCCACGUUCCUCUGUUCACCGCCGGCACUACUCGACAGCACAGACAGUGAGAAAGUCUAUAUCUAUGAAAGAAUAGCAGCUGUCUGUCACCUUGCUGCCCCGCGACGGCGCCUCGGACCCCGCCAAGGGAACCCCACCAAGCAACCUCACCCCCUCACAACUUCCUCCUGAAAGCCCCUCAUCCACAAGCUUCACAUUAGCUACGACCCCUUCUAUUGUAACGAAUAGAGCAAUCAUAUAACCACGUCUACGAUGUCCCUCCCAGGCGCAUCUCAACGGCCGCGCAUCUCUCGCUCGAACACUGCACAGCGCGCCGAGUACGACUACUUCUCCGACAACCCUCCACCAAAGCAGCUUGAGACUCAUUCCAAGCUAGCUCAAGAAUUCAUCGAAUACCAUGCUGCUUCCAAUAACCGCGUCGUCUUGAUAACCUCCGGAGGCACUACUGUUCCCCUCGAGCGCCAGACGGUGCGCUUUAUCGACAACUUCAGCGCUGGUACUCGCGGUGCCACGUCGGCCGAAUACUUUCUCGAGGCGGGGUACGCGGUUAUCUUCCUGCACCGCCAAUUCUCCCUGCUGCCGUACUCGCGGCACUACUCCCAUGCUACCGACUGCUUCCUCGACUUCCUUUCUGAGUCCGCGGACGGGACUGUCGUCGCGAACCAGGAGCACCAGGACAAAAUGGUCCACGUACUCCGCAAAUACAACGCCGCCAAGGCCAAGAACCUUCUUCUCACCCUUCCAUUCACGACCAUCACCGACUACCUCUUUAUCCUACGCUCUGUGAGCCAGUUAAUGCGCCCCCUCGGCGCCCACGGCCUCCUAUACCUCGCCGCUGCCGUAUCCGACUUCUUCGUCCCCCCCACCCGCAUGGUCGAGCACAAAAUCCAAUCCACCGACGCUGUCAAGAACCGCGCCCCAGCAUCCCCCGAAGUCUCCAACCUCGGCAUUGUGGAUCGCUCCCCAGGCCCCACCGCCUCUCCCCUCGAUAUCACCAACGACUCCCCCGGUUCCGAAGAUGAAGUCUUCGACAACUUUGACUCAUCACCGCGUGUGCCGCGAUCCAAGCGGCUGAUAGUCGAUCUAGACCCCGUCCCGAAGUUCCUCAAGAACCUCGUCGAUGGAUGGGCACCUGAAGGCAUGAUCGUCUCCUUCAAGCUCGAGACUGACCCCGACAUUCUUGUUCACAAGGCCGAGUACAGUCUUGAGCGCUACCAGCACCACCUGGUUAUUGGUAACCUGCUUAGCACGCGUAAGUGGGAGGUGGUGUUUGUGAGCAAGGACCGCGCGGUAGAGGGGUCGCGCAUGCGCGAAGAGUGGAUCCGUGUCCCACGGCAGAGGAGAGGGACCGGAGUGAAAGAUUGGACGGGGAAGGCAGCGCUGCUGACGGUGGGUGAUAAAUUGGGCGUAGCGGAUCCGAUUGAGAAUGAGAGAGAGCACCCGAGUGACCCAGCGGACUUGAUGGGCGAGCCGGAGAUCGAAAUUGAGGGCUUGAUCAUCCCGGCUGUGGCAGACAUGCAUACGGCGCAUAUUAAGGCCCAUGGGAAGGUGGCGCCGGUCGCUUGACCUUCGUGUGGUUUGUUUGUAUGAUGCCGAGAGUGGGAGUGGUGUGGAUUUAUCUAAAAGCAUGUUGUACUAAUUAAAGAAAGAUUUGCUGUCCUCUGUUUGGCAUUUAUCACAACAUAUAUCACCCAGUUUAUUUCAAUUACAUCUAACGUAUUUCACGGGCGAGCGGGUCACACGAGCGAGCGGGUCACCAAAACACCAAAACGCGUCAACCUAUCUGUAGUUAACAAUGCCACAACCAACACAAGACCAAUCCUCUAAUCAAGAGGGUAGAAUACUAUUAGCUAUUACAGCACUUAAAGAAGGCAAUAUUAAGAGUAUUCGAGCUGCUGCAAUGUCGUACGACGUCCCAUUUGAGUCGCUCCGUGCACGACUUAACGGUGUUACUUCUCGACGCGACUCUACUCCUAACUCACGAAAAUUAACUUUGUACGAAGAGUCAGCUCUUGUUCAAUAUAUCCUUGACCUAGAUUCACGUGGGUUUCCACCCCGGCCACAAGCUGUGCAAGAAAUGGUAGACCUUCUACUCUCUGAACGAGGCAAGAGCCCUAUUGGGAUAAACUAGGCUACUAGCUUUAUAAAGCGUCGUAUAGAAAUCAAAUCGAAGUUUAGUCGGAAGUACGACUAUAAACGAGCAAAAUGCGAAGAUCCUAAGAUAAUUAAAGGGUGGUUCUCCCUUGUAUGAAACACAGUUGUAAAAUACGGAAUCUUAGAGUAAGAUAUCUACAACUUUGAUGAAGCAGGUUUUGCAAUGGGAGUUAUUGCUACUACAAAGGUAGUUACAAGCUCGGAAGCAAAAAGUCGUCUAAAGACUAUACAGCCAGGGAAUAGAGAGUGGGUGUCAAUUAUCUAAGGUGUUAAUUCGUACGGAUGGGCCCUUCCGCCAUUUAUCAUUUUCAAAGCACAGAAUCACCUCUCUGCUUGGUACGAGGACUCAGGAUUACUAGAAGACUAGGUGAUUACGCUAAGUGAGAAUGGGUGGACUUUAAAUUCAAUUAGGUACGAGUGGAUUCAACAUUUCGAUC